AUGGAAGGCGGUGGUCCUACUUAUAACGGAAAAGCCAUGCAUCACGAUGAAAACGAGGUCCGCUUCCGGGGUGUCCGGAAGCGUCCAUGGGGUAAAUACGCGUCUGAGAUUCGUGACCCGACAAAAAACGGGCAGCGCACAUGGCUCGGGACAUUUGAUACUGCAGAAGAGGCGGCCCGUGCUUAUGAUCACGCCGCCUUCAACCUAAGGGGUCAUCUUGCGACCCUUAACUUUCCGGCCGAGUACUUGUCGAAACUCCCGGACCCUCCUUCAUUCCGGUCUUCAUCAUCUUCUUCUUCUUCUUCUUCAUUGGGUUGUAACACGAGUAGAGGAGGUUCGUCGACAGGAAACGAGAAACAUGUGAUCGUACUCGAGUAUUUGGAUGAUCGUCUGUUACAGGAGCUUCUUCGUGAAACAACAAAGGAGAAGAAGAAAUAG